UCAUUCGCAGGAUCCCUCUACGUUCACACAGUGCCAAACAUCCCUGGGCGAGAGGCGGAUGCACGUUAAUACUGCCUUUUCUUUUUUUUUUUACUUCCCGGAUUAGAUUUCCCCCAAACCUGCGUUGUUUUGGUUUUGGUCUGCGGGGCUAUGAUGGCCGAGAGCGAGGCGGAGACGCCGAGCACGCCGAUCGAGUUCGAAAGCAAAUACUUCGAGUUUGAUGGAGUGCGGCUGCCACCCUUCUGCAGGGGCAAGAUGGACGACAUCGCCAACUUCUCGCUCAGAAGUAGCGACAUAUGGAUCGUCACCUAUCCCAAAUCCGGGACCAGCCUUCUGCAGGAGGUGGUGUACCUGGUGAGCCAGGGGGCGGACCCGGACGAGAUCGGCCUCAUGAACAUCGACGAGCAGCUGCCUGUUCUGGAGUACCCCCAGCCCGGGCUGGACAUCAUACAGGAGCUGACGUCCCCUCGUCUGAUCAAGAGCCACCUGCCUUAUCGCUUCCUGCCGGCGGCCAUGCACAGUGGGGAGGCCAAGGUCAUCUACAUGGCCCGAAACCCCAAGGACCUGGUGGUGUCCUACUACCAGUUCCACCGCUCCCUCCGCACCAUGAGCUACCGCGGAACCUUCCAGGAGUUCUGCAGACGAUUCAUGAACGACAAGCUGGGAUAUGGCUCCUGGUUCGACCACGUUCAGGAGUUCUGGGAGCAUCGCAUGGAUUCCAACGUGCUGUUUUUAAAGUACGAGGACAUGUACAAGGACCCGGGCUCCCUGGUGGAGCAGCUGGCUGGGUUCCUGGGCGUGGCGUGUGAUAAGGCCCAGCUGGAGGGGCUGGUGGAGAGCUGCAACCAGCUGAUCGAGCAGUGCUCCACCUCCGAGGCCCUCACCGUCUGCAGGGGUCGGGUGGGGCUCUGGAAGGACGUGUUCACGGUGUCCAUGAACGAAAAGUUUGACGGAAUCUACCGGCAGAAGAUGGGCAAGUCAGACCUGACUUUUGACUUUGGCCUCUGAGUGGCCGACCUGCCAAACAUAGGAAAGGAAAUAUCAAGUCCGUCAACAACCACAACCACAACAACAACAACAACAACAACAGCAAAACAUCACCUCCACUGUCUUUCUCUCUUUGGUCGUCUACCUUCAACAACCCUCAGUGAUUAGUCAGUCAGUCUGUCAGUCAGAUAGUCUAGACCCGCCUCCCUGAUCGUUAAUCACAACUCAGACUUCCCUCCUUAUCAAA